AUGCCAACCGUUGAUGCGCUGCCAACUAUCAUUCAACAAUCAGCAACAAUUUUGUUGCAUUAUGUAGAAGAAAACCCGUUCCUUAAAAUAACCAUCAAUCAUAAUGGUAUUAAAGUUGAAGAAGAAGCGUUUGCCAAGCCACUUGUUAUUUGUUGUGUUUGUGGCCAAUACAUACUUGACGAUGACGAUGACGAAUACUACCAAGUACACCGCAAAUGUGCAAUUACAAAUCAAAUGAAUCAAUGUCCGGAAAUUCUGGGAAUUAGUCCGGAAAUUUUGGAAUUUACAAAUCAGCAUCCAGAACACCAGGAAAUUACAAAUCAAUGUCCGGAAAUUCCGGUAAUUAGUCCGGGAUUUCUGGAAUUUUCAAAUCAGCAUCCAGAACACCAGGAAAUUACAAAUCAAUGUCUGGAAAUUCCGGAAAUUAAUCCGGGAUUUCCGGAAUUUGCAAAUCAACAUCCGAAACACCAGGAAAUUACAAAUCAACGUCCGGAACACCAGGAAAUUACAAAUCAACGUCCGGAACACCGGGAAAUUACAAAUCACCGUCUGGAACACCAGGAAAUUACAAAUCAACGUCUGGAACACCAGGAAAUUACAAAUCACCGUCUGGAACACCAGGAAAUUACAAAUCACCGUCUGGAACACCGGGAAAUUACAAAUCAACAGAAACAUCCAUUAAACAACAUAGAACCUCGAUCGACUAGAGUUAAGGAUAUCGAUGAUGAACUCAGAAAAGCGGCUACCAAAUUUCUAAAAAACAGAACUAAACCGGUGACUCAGGUUGCUGGAUCUUCUUUGGAACAACUAUCCUCAUUAGUAGAUAUGUAUGAUAAUAUUGCACCAAAGCGUAAUUAUUCUUCGAAACGAUUGCAUCUACUAGCGAAAAUGGGCGAAAUUAUCGUCAAAAUUCUAUUAGAACAACCAGAAUUAGAAGAAGAAAUUGCCAAUUACUUGGUAAAGGAUCCCGAGCGAACCAAAACCAGACAUAAUAGGCUUCGGAUAGCGAAGCUGUUAUUUGAACUAUUUCCAACACAACAUGAGUUAUUGUUGUAUACCGAAAACAUAACAUAUAGUAAACUUCAAGAAAUGAAUAAUGAUGAGAUCAAACAGCUUCAUGCAGUGGUUGAUGUUUGGUCAGAUCUUUUUGUGUCUAAGAUGGCGCUGCAAUAG